CACCACCAGCAACCGACGAAACCCGCACCCACUCCACCUCCACCUCCUCCUCCCCCGGCCAUCCGACCUCCGCCGCAGCCGGCGCAUCCGCCGCGAUGGGCCGCAAGCUCGCGCUCCUGGUCGGCAUCAACUACCCGGGGACCAAGGCCGAGCUCAAGGGCUGCCACAACGACGUUGACCGCAUGCACAAGUGCCUCGUCGACCGGUUCGGCUUCGACGAGGAAGACAUCAACGUCCUCGUCGACCGCGACUCCUCCGGCCCGCAGCCCACCGGCGCCAACAUCCGCCACGCGCUAGCCAAGCUCGUCGGGGACGCGCGCCCCGGGGACUUCCUCUUCUUCCACUACAGCGGCCACGGCACGCGCCUGCCGGCCGAGACCGGCCAGGACGACGACACCGGGUAUGACGAGUGCAUCGUGCCCAGCGACAUGAAUCUCAUCACAGACCAAGAUUUCAGAGAUCUCGUUAUGAAGGUCCCUGAUGGUUGCAUAUUUACCAUCGUCUCUGAUUCAUGCCACAGUGGUGGCCUACUGGACCAGGCAAAGGAGCAGAUAGGCAAUAGCUAUCAGACCCAGACCCAGUCCCGUGAACCCGAAGAACGAUCUGAAUCUGGCUCCGGCUUCCGGUCCUUUCUCAAAGAGACCGCGCGGGAUAUGUUCGAUACUCAUGUCCGCCAUGGCAGAAGCCAGCAUGGAGGCGAGGACCAGGAUGAGGCAGACGAACAACCUACAGGGGAUGGCCACACCAAGAACCGGUCCCUGCCACUCUCAACAUUUAUUGAGAUGCUCAAGGAUCAAACUGGGAAGGAUGACAUUGAGGAGGGCUCGAUUCGGCUGACGCUGUUCAAUGUGUUUGGGGAGGAUUCCAGCCCAAAGAUCAAGAAGUUCAUGAAAGUCAUGCUCGGUAAGUUCCAUGAAGGAGGAUCAGGUGAGCAGGGUGGUCUCAUGGGCAUGGUUGGUUCCCUUGCUCACGAGUUCCUAAAGGCUAAGCUUGAAGGUAACGAGGAAGAAACUUUCAAGCCAGCCUUAGAACAAAAUGUUGAAAGUGUUGACGAGGUGUAUGCCGGGACCAAGUCAUGGGCACCUAACAACGGCAUCCUCAUUAGUGGGUGCCAAACUAACCAGACAUCAGCAGAUGCAACCACAGCACAGGGAUCUUCGUUUGGCGCUCUGAGCAAUGCCAUCCAGACCAUUCUUGCAGGCAAGCAUGGAAAGGUGACGAACAAGGAUCUCGUUAUGAAAGCGCGUGAGUCGCUGGCCAAGCAAGGAUACACUCAGCAGCCUGGGCUUUACUGCAGCGAUGAGAAUGUUCAUGUGGCCUUCAUUUGCUGAAACGUGGAUUGCUAUUGUGAUUUGUUUCUUUUUGUGUUGGGCUGUGCACGAGAGACUGAAGUUUUCCCUUCUUCCCUGGUUUGCUCUGGUUAUGUACUUAUGUCAAAAAUAUGACUGACUAUACCAAUACUGAAAUAAGGAUUGUCUGAUCCAAACUGCAUACAUAAUAGAUAUACUUGCUUCAUGAGUC